AUGUCGGCGAUACUAAUACCAGUAUUGAUUAUUAUCAUCACAUUAUCAGCAGCUUUACUCGGAGUUUUAUUAAUUUUAUUUCUUAGAAGAUCCCCUGGACAAAUACAACUUGAUGAAGAAGCACUACUACAGUUGGACCCAGAACAACAAGAAUUAUUCUAUCAGGCCAAAGAAUAUCUUGAUGGAAGUGAUUACAUGAAAGGACCAUUAACGCUUAGUCAAAAAUUGUCCAUACAAGAACGUGGAAUUAGCGCUUAUGAAUUUAUCAAAGAUUCGAUGUUAACAAAUAACGACUUGUUGAUCGUCAACAAGAAUGAAUUGAAUUUUUUUCAAAAUUUUGAAUGUUCAUGUCAAACCAAUCUCCCGAUGAAUAUUUCAAGCUCGACCAAUACUACCAUCUAUUUUGAAUGUAAGAUUUACUCCUUGCCAAACCCAGAGUCUACGACUAUAUCUUUGGGAUUAGCAGCUAAACCUUACCCUUGGUUCCGUCUUCCUGGGCGACAUUUAAGUAGUGUCAGUUAUGAUUCGAAUGGGGUUAGAAGAAAUAAUGAUCCGCUCCCACCAAGAGAACCUGCUCCAUUCCCAGCACUAAGUGAAGGUGAUGUUAUUGGAGUUGGUUAUAGAACAAGUUCGGGAACUAUCUUUUUCACUAGGAACGGGAAGAAAGUAAGUGAGUCUAAAAUUGGCGGACAUAUAAAGAACUUUAGGAUUCCAAAUCAAGGACAGAUUUUCCCAACUAUUGGUGCCAACAAUGUUUGUUCUGUACAUGUGAAUUUAGGUCAAAUGGGAUACGUUUUUAUCGAAGCUAACGUUAAGAAAUGGGGUUACGCUCCGUUAGAAGGUAAUGGACCGGCUCCACCAGUGUAUAAGAAAUUCAAUAGUGAUAUACUAUUGGAACGUUCUGAAAUCGAUGAAUCGGAAAUAAGUGAUAGGGAAAAUGACUUCCCGCCAGAUUUCUGGGACCAAGGUGAAUGUGAGUCUCAAGAUAAUGAUAAUGAAAGAAUUACGUUGAAUACAUUGGAGAGCCCGCCAUCGUACGAUGCUACUGAAGGACCAAGUAAUCAAACAGUGGACGAAUGA